GCCGCGGGGCUGUAAUGGCGGCUGGCGGCGGCUCCGCGCUGCGCUGACACCCGGACCCACUCGGCGCAGCCCCCCCGCCCGGCCCGCCCCCUCCUCCCCGCCCCAGCCAGCGCCGCUCGCCCCCUCCCCGGCCCCUGCUCCUGGCCCCCGCCGCGGGACGAGGAGGAGGGCUCCCCGCAGACAAUGGACGAGCACCCAGGAGCCGGAGGAGGCGGUGGGAUGGCGGCCGCCCCGAGACCACAGCAGCCGCCGCCGCAGGCGGGUGGGAACAUGAACCUGCAGUCGGGUGGGGGCUGCGUGGGAGCUGGAGCCGGCGGAGGAGGAGGGCAACAGCCACAGCCCCAGGGCCCCGCGGCCCCGGCCGGUCAGGAGGCGGCGGGCCCCGCCGAGCUGUCCCGGCCCCAGCACUACACCAUCCCGGGGAUCCUGCACUACAUCCAGCACGAGUGGGCUCGCUUCGAGAUGGAGAGGGCGCACUGGGAGGUGGAGCGGGCCGAGCUCCAGGCUCGGAUAGCAUUUUUACAAGGGGAAAGAAAGGGCCAAGAAAAUUUGAAGAAAGAUUUAGUGAGAAGAAUAAAAAUGUUAGAAUAUGCAUUAAAACAAGAAAGGGCAAAAUAUCAUAAAUUAAAAUAUGGCACAGAAUUGAACCAAGGUGACUUGAAAAUGCCAACUUUUGAAUCAGAAGAUACCAAAGAUACAGAGGUUCCUGCAGUACCUCAGAAUAGCCAAUUGACCUGGAAGCAAGGCAGACAGUUACUGCGACAGUAUCUUCAGGAAGUAGGUUAUACAGAUACAAUAUUGGAUGUACGCUCCCAGCGGGUAAGGUCUUUGCUUGGGCUCUCCAAUUCAGAACCAAAUGGUUCCGUAGAGACAAAGAACUUAGAACAGAUCCUGAAUGGGGGUGAAUCUCCUUCGUCAAAACAAAAGGGACAGGAAAUCAAAAGGAAUUCUGGUGAUGUUCUUGAAACAUUCAACUUCUUAGAAAAUGCGGAUGAUAGUGAUGAAGAAGAGGAGAAUGACAUGAUAGAAGAUAUUGCAGAAGGAAAAGAAAAACAUCGGUUAAAUAAGAAACACAAAAUUGGUAAUGAAGGUUUAGCUGCUGACCUUACAGAUGACCCUGAUACUGAAGAAGCUUUGAAAGAAUUUGACUUUUUAGUGACAGCUGAGGAUGGUGAGGGAGCUGGAGAAGCUCGAAGUUCAGGAGAUGGAACAGAGUGGGACAAAGAUGACCUGUCCCCAACUGCUGAGGUUUGGGAUGUAGACCAGGGACUAAUAAGUAAACUGAAGGAACAGUACAAGAAGGAACGAAAGGGGAAGAAAGGGGUAAAGAGAGUCAACAGGACAAAACUUCACGACAUGAUAGCUGAUCUGGGCGAUGAUGAGAUACCCCACAUCCCUUCAGGAAUCAUUAAUCAAUCUAGGUCACCCUCUUCUAGAAUGACUGAUCAUGAAGGUGCAAGAGCAGAGGAAGCUGAGCCAAUAACGUUUCCACCUGGAGGAGGCAAGUCAUUUAUUAUGGGUUCUGAUGAUGUGUUGUUAAGUGUACUGGGCCUUGGAGACCUUGCAGACUUGACAGUAACAAAUGAUGCAGACUAUAGUUAUGAUUUGCCAGCUAAUAAAGAUGCCUUCCGAAAGACAUGGAACCCUAAGUAUACGCUACGCAGUCAUUUUGAUGGAGUGCGAGCAUUAGCUUUUCAUCCUGUAGAGCCUGUGCUGGUUACAGCCUCUGAGGACCAUACUCUAAAACUCUGGAAUUUGCAGAAAACGGUUCCUGCCAAAAAGAGUGCCUCUUUAGAUGUAGAACCCAUCUACACAUUUAGGGCCCACAUUGGACCGGUAUUGUCAUUGGCAAUUAGUUCCAAUGGAGAACAGUGUUUCAGUGGUGGUAUUGAUGCAACCAUCCAGUGGUGGAACAUGCCUAGCCCUAAUGUGGAUCCAUAUGAUACCUAUGAGCCAAACGUUCUAGCUGGCACAUUAAUUGCUCACACAGAUGCAGUCUGGGGUCUUGCUUACAGUGGUGUAAAGAAUCACUUACUCUCUUGUUCAGCAGAUGGCACUAUUAGGUUAUGGAACCCACCGGAAAAAAAUCCCUGUAUUUGCACUUACAAUGGAGAGAAAGAGCAUGGAAUACCCACAUCAGUUGACUUUAUAGGUUGUGACCCUGCUCAUAUGGUGGCGUCUUUUAACACUGGCAGCACAGUCAUCUAUGAUUUAGAAACAUCCCAGUCAGUGGUAAUGUUUUCAUCACAAGUAGAAUCUGGUGUACAAUCAAAUAAUCAUAUUAACAAGGUAGUAAGUCAUCCCACACUUCCUGUAACUAUUACAGCACAUGAAGAUAGACACAUCAAAUUUUUUGACAACAAAACGGGUAAAAUGAUCCAUUCUAUGGUUGCUCAUUUGGAUGCUGUCACAAGUCUAGCUGUAGAUCCUAAUGGAAUCUAUUUAAUGUCUGGAAGCCAUGAUUGUUCCAUUAGGUUGUGGAAUUUGGACAGCAAGACAUGUGUGCAAGAAAUAACAGCUCAUAGGAAAAAGCUGGAUGAAUCCAUUUAUGAUGUAGCAUUUCAUCCAUCAAAAGCAUAUAUUGCCAGUGCAGGAGCUGAUGCCCUUGCCAAAGUAUUUGUGUGACAUAGCAGAACAAACCUGCAUCAUAACAGCAGGUCUGUUUGGACAAAAAAGAGGGAAUGCGUCACUGCCAUCAAUUAUAAGGUUACCAAUAAGACACUACAUCUGAUCUACCUGGGUGAAGGCUCUUAAGUGGGGCAGGUAGAAGUUGGUGAAAAGUCACCACAUCCUGAACAAUGUCAGGCUCAUUCAUUUAACUGUAAUUACUGUAUUUGGGGGGGUGGGGACAAAUACAAAAAAGAAAACCAGUAUUUGUAGCCUUGACUGGAUAUGAACUGAGCGUAUGUCUGUUCUUUAGGUGUCUUUAAGCAAACGUGGAGUCUGAUCUUACAAAAGACUUUUAUUUUGGACUCUGUGUGCUGCCUUAGGGUUAGGAAUGUGGUGCUCUUGUGGGGGGAAGUGAGCUCCAAGAGUAGCUUUCUUUUCAUCUCUUAGUAAUCUUCUGUUUAUCAGUUGAAUGCCACAGAUUCCCCUUUUAAACUUUUAUUUUGCUUUAAAGAAAAGGAAAUUUAACUUAAAAUAUUUUAGCAUUAGUUGCACAAAAUGUUUGGAUAAAAUUCUAGUUUUUAUAAGUCUUUUUAUAUAUUUAGCCUGUCACAACAGUGCUCAAGAUUGUAUUGAUAAUGUUUUUCUGCAUUAUAGAACCCUAAAACACAGAGAUCUCACUGACCCGCUGCCGUGUAACCACAAUCUUCCCUUCUUUUGCCUAAUACAGCUCAGCUAAGUCCUUGCUUAAGGAUGCUAAUUCAUCAUCAUCGCAUAACUGUCUUCAUAAAUAAAGGACUGUAAAAUGUGUUCAAAUGAAACACAGAGGGGUUAACACCCCUGAAUGAACUCUUAAAAAAAAAUUAAUCUUGGCAUCCUAUCACUAUGUGAUAUUUUGUACAUCUUACUGUAUUUACGAGUUUAUUUAUCAAGGAUUACCCAUCUUGCUAAUGGCCUAUUGUUAUUUAUUUCACUUUUUGUUGGUCUUUAUAUCCUUUUAUGUAGUGUGUUAAAGGGCCCUGUAUAUCUGUUACGACACUCUUUGAACAGUCUAAAAUAGAUGAGGAAAUGGGACAUUUGAUAAUUCUAAAGUUGCAAACCAAGAAAUUCUUUUUCCUCUGGUUAAGUACCUGGAGUGGAGUUGAUUCCAAAAAAACAAUCUUGUUUGAGAACCUUUGGAGUGAAAAUUAUUUUUAUUUGCAUUUCAAAUAGAAUACAAAAGUAGUUGAUUCAAGAUUCAUAAAUCUGCUGUGUUUUGACUAGUUACUCCCUGCUUUUAUUUUAUUUUUCAGAUGUGCUUCAGUUUAUGGUGUAACUAAAAAUUUUGUUUGUGUAAUGCAUGAUUAAUACAAAGAAGUAUUUUUUCUAGUCUUCCACAAAACUUUUCUGAUCAGUUUGCGAGUUUUGAUGAGUUUUGUAAGGUUUCUGUUUUACAAACUAUGAAUCAGCAAAUUUUUAAGAUUGUACCGCAUAGCAAAAGUACAGCUGUUGAAAAAUAAUGUAUAUAAAAUGCAUAUAAUAAAUAUUAAAUGGUGUACCUGUA